UUUAAAAACAAAAUAAAAAAAAAAAAAAUUAAAGAAAUUGCAAAGCCUCUACAAAUAGCGAAACAGUCGGUAUUAUUGGGUGACACAUCUCCUUCCAUAUUUGGCCAUCCCUUAUACCCCCUCACUCUAUAGUCUAUAUACACAGUCACACACACACACACAAUACACAAUAGACGUAUAUACAAACCCCUCUUUUUUUCCUCUCUGUGAAAUUUCCAUUUCUAUAAUCACUGUAGAGAUCAGUCGGUUGGAAAACUCUUUCUCGAAUCUCUGUUUAUAUAACAUUGAUGGAAGCAAUAACAAUUAAAGAGGAGGAAAUUGUGGUGAUUGAUGAUGACAGUGAUGUUUGCGGCGGCGGCGGCGGCGGAAUAGGAGGAGGAGGAGGAGGAGGUUCUAGUGAGGAGAAGAGGGAAGUACCGGAAGAUGUGAAAAUUAAAGAAGAGUUGGUGAUUCUGAUAGAUGAAGACGAUUGGGGAGUUGAGAGUGGUGAUUUUGGUGGUGGUGGUGAUGGUGAUGGUGAUGGUGGUUCUUUCUUGUCUUUACCGAAACCGAUGGAAGGCUUACACGAAAUGGGUCCACCUCCCUUCUUGAGGAAGACCUUUGAGAUGGUGGAGAACCCAGAAACGGACUCCAUCAUAUCAUGGAGUCACAGUCGCAAGAGCUUCAUUGUUUGGGAUUCUCACAAGUUCUCCAGCGAUCUUCUUCCCAAACACUUCAAGCACAGCAAUUUCUCAAGCUUCGUUCGCCAACUCAACACCUAUGGUUUCAGAAAAAUUGAUUCGGACCGAUGGGAAUUUGCAAAUGAAGGGUUUGAAGGAGGGAAAAGGCAUUUACUAAAGAAGAUCAAGAGAAGGAACAAACCUUCUCAAACCAUGCAACAACCAAGAGCAACAGGAGCACAACAUUUGGUGGAUUCAGUGAAAUUUGAAUCAGAGUUGGAGAUAGAAAAACUGAGAAAUGAUCAAAACACAUUGAAGGUUGAAUUCCUAAAGCUGACACAGCAGCAAGAGAACAUAGACAAUCAUUUGGCUACCGUCAAAGAGCGCCUUCAAGGUACUGAACGGAAGCAACAACAAAUGGCCAUGUUUGUGGCCAAAGCAUUCAACCCAAAAUUCCUCGAGCAGUUCAUUCAGCAGCUGAGGCAGAGGAGAGAACUGGGUAGUGGUGAAAUAUUGAAGAAACGGAGACUGGUCGCGCCUUCAAGCACCGGAAACUCUAUGGAGGGUGUGAAGAUUGUCAAUUGCAGCAACCAAAAUCAAGAAGAAUUGGCUACUAUUGAAUCAGAUAUUCAGACACUGUUCUCUCCUUCAGUGGAUGAUGAUCAAUCAAGUAGUCCUCCUAUUAAGAACCGAAAGGCUGAUACAGUUUCUGGAAUAAGUCAUCCAGAUUUGAAUUUGAAUUUGAAUUCUGAGAAUUUCUUAGUGUGGGAGAAAUUACUGGAAGAUGAUGUGAUUUGUGAGAAUGCAGCAGGAGAGCUAGCUCAGUAUCACUCCAAGAUUGUCCUUGAAUUGGAGGAUUUGAUCGCGAAGCCGCUCGAUUGGGGAGGUUAUGUGGAACAACUGGUGGAGCAAGCUGGUUGUCUCGAAGCAAAGUCCUAAACUCAAUGGACUUGUUUUGCUGCAGCAGGAUGCAGAAGAAUAGAUGCAAAUGGAUCAAACAGAGAGAGUUACUUACACAUAUAUAACACAACACGAAUGAGUGGGAGCAACAACUUGUCAAGCUGUAAUGUUGCCAAUGUUUAUUCUUCCCAUCUCCCCUCCUUUUUUGUUCAGUUUUUGUGUUUUUUGGGUUUUAGGAUUAGCACUCAGUAUGUACAAAUUAGUGUUUGGCAUAGAAGUUAUGAUCACAGUUUGUUCUCAUAUAUACUGCUGCUGCUUAUAUAUGAGUCCAUGUUGUUUGAUAUUUAACACUAAUGAGAACAAGCACUUCUUUUU